AUCAUUAAUGUGGAAACACAAGUUGGAAGUUUUUCAUUUUUCUUCUCACCAAAAAGGCAAUUUCCCGACUUCGCUCUAAACCGUAUGUUUAACAUGAAAACGUGGAAGAACCACAAACGAGAAUAAUUCCAUAAACCAUUGAUUUAACAACUAACGAUCCCACAUUUUCCUUUACCUUUUCCAGAAUUUGUGACGUAAACUGAACAAACACACAUUUUUCAUCUUUUUGAUCUCCCAAGAAUCUGGGUGUUUUUAUCCCAGAAAACAAAUCUGAAGCUUUCAAACAUGAACAUAAUAGAGAAAAUGAGAGGUGUUGAAGGCAGAUUUUGCGAGGAAUUUUCACCUGGCUAUUAUGGUCUUUGCACCAUCGGUGGAAUGCUUAGUGCUGGAACUACCCAUCUCGCUAUUACUCCUCUUGAUGUUCUUAAAGUUAAUAUGCAAGUAAACCCCAUCAAAUAUCAUGGCAUUUCAUCUGGUUUCUCUACAUUGUGGAAUGAACAUGGUGCUUCCGGCCUUUGGAGAGGUUGGUCAGGGAAGUUUUUCGGAUAUGGGAUUCAGGGCGGCUGCAAAUUUGGGUUAUAUGAGUACUUUAAGAAGCUGUACUCUGAUUUGCUGGUAGGUCACAACAAAAGCAUGGUAUUUUUUUUGAGUGGUGCAUCUGCCCAAGUUUUUGCUGAUGUAGCCCUCUCCCCAUUUGAAUCAAUUAAAGUUCGAGUGCAAACACAAUCAAAUUUUGCCAAGGGUUUAGUUGAUGGAUUUCCUAAAGUGUACAAAGUUGAAGGAUUUUAUGGUUUUUACAGGGGACUUCUUCCACUUUGGGGACGUAAUCUUCCAUUUUCCAUGGUGAUGUUUUCAACAUUUGAGCAUUCAGUCGAGCUCAUAUAUCGUGAUAUUAUUCAGCAAAGGAAGGAAGACUGCACAAGACUCCAGCAGCUGGGUGUGACAUGCUUGGCUGGGUAUACAGCUGGAGCUGUUGGCACUUUGGUUUCAAAUCCUGCUGAUGUUAUUGUUUCCUCACUUUACAACAAAAAGGCCGACUCUAUUGUUCAGGCUGUGAAGAAAAUAGGGUUCUUCAAUCUGUUCACUAGGAGUCUACCUGUUCGAAUUGCACUGGUGGGGCCUGUUGUGACUAUGCAGUGGUUCUUCUAUGACACCAUUAAAGUUCUAAGUGGACUGCCUACAAGUGGAGGACUUCCCAAGGCCGUGGAAGAAUCAAUCUCUGCUGGUUAAGUGUGAGAUGCUUCCAUCAACCUUUUUGGCGUAGUUUUACUAGACACAAUCACAGAACAGAAGUAGUAAUUUACUCCACGCCUCAGUUUGUUCAGUUAACGAAUGACGAAACGUGGAAGAUGUUUGUACAGGUUUACAUCAGUGUAUAAUGCGGCUAUAUCUAUACUUAGACAGGUUGAAGAUGGAGUUUCCAUGUUAGGCUGUUACCAUAUUCUUACUCAAAUUGUAGUGAUUAAAAUUACUAUGGAUGAAGAAUUGCUACUUUCAUGGAUUUGUACGUGGGUCUGGGUCUGUGUGUGGGUAGAAAUCUGAGGUACAUGGCCAAUUGUUUUAGCAGCCCAGUUUUAAUGUACCAUACAACUAGGAUGUAAUAUUGAACUACAACAAAAAAAAUCCAGAGGAAUAAUCCUAAUUAUGAUUGA